CAGCACCCCGCUCCGCCAUGGUCACUGUCAUGCCACCGCUUGUCUCUCUCGACUUGCCAGGCAUUAACAAGGGGUUCGGGGGAAGAGGAAGAGGAGGAGGAGGAGUAGGAGGAGGAGUGGGACUUCGGAGAUGGUGGAGGAGGACUAGGGAUUUGUGCAUUUGGAGUUAAUACAUCGACUGCGGCAUUUUGUCAUUUCUUCGCAUCGUAGACUGGCCCGUGUUUGAUAGGGCUCAAAUAGCGUUUUUAGGCGCAUUCUCAGUUUGAAAUCGAGUUUAGUACUUUUUAUUUUUAUUUGACGGCAUUCUAUGGUAAACACGAAGAUGGACCUCAGGAUCUUGUCGCUGGUGCUGCUCGUGGCGCUUCCGGCGUGUGUUGCGUACAAUGCUUCAGUCGGAUGGCAAACGAUUUCACAGAAUUCUCCUUUGAUAGUAGCGAACGGUGGCACUUCAGGCCUGUAUCCAGAUCAAACACUUGAAGCCUACAGUGAUGCAAUCAACAGUACUUCUCUUCCUUUGGCUUUAUUGUGUGACCUGCAGUUAACGAAGGACAAUUUGGCAGUAUGCCGCACGGGCUUGAAUUUGACCACGUCAACUACUCUAGCAACCGUCAUGCCAAAUACAACGACGAUGACCACUUAUGUGGUCCGAGGAGCUUCUCAAACUGGUUAUUUUUCAGUCGAUUUUACCUUAGCAGAAAUUAACCAAACCAAGGCGAUUCAGCCUAACAUUGCGCGCACACCUGGUUUCGAUGGACAAUUUGCACUUCAAACACCCGAAGAUUCCGCGACAGGAAUUUCUCUGGCAGGACUUCCUGGACUUAUGCUCUGGUUAAACGUGGAGUAUCCUACUUUUUACCAGCAACAUCCUGGAAAGAACAGCCUUGCUAGUUACCUGACCACGUUUCUGAAGCAAUAUAAACCACAAUAUUUGUCUGCUACUGAGGUUGGUAUUUUAAAAUUGCUUGUACCUACUGCCUCCAGAAGUGCCACUCGACUUGUCUUGAAAUUUUUGAGCACUGACCUCAUCGAAGAGAGUACAAACAGCACAUACGGACAAAUUCUCACGAAUUUGACUGACAUUGCCACUUUUGCUGGAGGAAUUCUAGUUCCUAAAGAAUUCAUCUAUCCGACCGUCCCAUUGAGCAAUGGCUCCGUUUCCGGCUACGGUUAUUAUUCCGGAAAUCCAACCACUCUUGUCCAGGAUGCACACAAUGCGAACCUGGAGGUUUUUGUGUACGGAUUUGCCAACGACAUAUAUCCGUCCAGCUACAAUAACAGUUUUGACCCUGUUCUUGAAUCUUUGAACUACGUGGGGGACUCUUUCACUGUGGAUGGGAUCGUAUCAGAUUUUCCAUCCACUGUUGCAGAAGCAAUAUUUUGCUACCCAGAUGGUUAUGAUAAUCCUUCAACAAUCAGAGCUGCUCCUACACCUGUGCGGAAUCCAUUGAUUAUAGCACAGAACGGUGCUAGUGGGGACUACCCAGGUAGUACCUUGUCCGCAUAUGUGGCAGCUGUUAAAGGCGGCUCUGAUUAUAUCGAGUGCUCAGUACAGAUUACUAAAGAUGGGGUGCCUAUAUGCCGGGAUGGUGCGAACCUAGUGAAUACUACCAACGUUGCCCUCAACCCAGAUUUGUUUGAAACUAAAUUUACAACUUAUCAGGAAAUGGGUUCAGGAGUGUUCUCCUUCGAUCUCACCUUGGAAGAAAUCAGGACUUUGAGAGCUAUAAUUUACAGUCCUUUUGGUGUUGUUAAUGUUUCCCGCGACCCUUCACUCGAUGGUAAAGAAGGUAUAUUAACUUUGGAUGAGUUCUUGAGUUUUGCGAAGAACAAUUCAGGCGUUGGUGUAUACGUAAAUGUUCAGAACGCCUACUUUGUGCGCACUGUGAAAAGUUUGGAUAUGGUGAGUGCGGUUGUGACCUCUCUCACUACAGCGAAUCUCACAAAUGUCGGCGACAAAGUCUACCUAGCUUCAGAAGACAGUUCCGCUUUGGCUGCGUUCCAAUCUCUGAUACCCUCCGUCCAGCGCGUGUAUGUAACACCUGAUACUGGAGACGUUACGAUCACGACAGCGGUGCUCCAGGAAAUCAAGAAGUAUGCAGAUAUCGUAACUCUCGAUCGCGCUUUCGUCGAUCCUUUUGAUUCACAAACCUCCUUUCUACUUGAGAAAACAUCCGUGGUAAGCGCCGCGAAGUCUCUCAACAUGACAGUGUUCUAUCACUUUCUGGCCAAUGAGUUCAGCGGCCUCGCAUUCGACUACAGAGCCGACCCGAUUCUGAAAAUAAGUUAUCUUAUUAGUGAAUAUAAUUUGGACGGUUUCAUCACAGAUCAUCCAGCUACGUUGUACAACUUCCUUUACAAUAACUACUGCUGGAAUCUCCUGGGAGGUCAAAAGACUGUAAAUUAUGCGGCCAAUCUGUCUCCUUUGUUCCCAGUGAGUCCUGUACCUGGCGCACCAGCCGUAGCGCCAAGUCCUGCAUUGUCUGUAGCUGAACCUCCAGUGUCAUAUUUAGUUCCCGCGGGAAGCCCUCUUCCGAACAGUUCCAUUGCCCCAGCGCCGUCGUCCAACCCCAGUUCAGCAACAAAGCUUCCUUUGAAUCUUCUCACUUCCAUAGUGCUAAUCUUCAUUUUAACCCUAUUGCUGAAUUGAUAGCGUCAUGGAAGUUCCGACUGGUUACUGAAAUUUAUUUUGUAACACUAUGUUACAGUUCAGGAUUGUUAUUCUUAGGUGGCCAGGAUACACAUGGUACGGUAGGCCAUAUGCAGAUUAUCAGUGUCCACAAUAGCAGAGAUUGGUUUCAAUUUUUUAAGAUGAGUUAUGUGAAACCUUUCUCCCUCCAAGAGUGAGGUUGGUUUGUAACCAUCUGUAGUAAUGGAAUGCAACGAUUCUUCUUAGUUCGUGUGCAGCUGUUGCUUAUGAUGGCUUUGUAUUGUUGUUAUAUGUACUUGUGAUCAGGAUUGUCGCA